UCAAAACAAAACAACACUUCACCAAAGUAUCGCUCUCUACGAUCUCGCAGCCACACGUGAGCCGGACUCUAGCGUCUGAAUUCCGAACUCGACCGGAAAACCCCCUACAACGUUCGAAAACGACCUCAAAUGCGAGGGUGUUUUAGUCAAUUCACCGGGCAACAUUUCCAAUCCCACUUCACCCUUCUCAAAUUUCUGGAAAAUCCUCUUCCGGGGGCGAAAAAUCUACCCCAUUUAGCCACAGGGGCAUUUCCGUGAUUUCUUCCAACACCAAGUGUAUAUAUUGACCCCGACAGCGCUCCCAACUGUUCCUCCCAUGGAGCAGCAGCAGCCGCAGGAGGAUAUCCAACCGUACUCUAACUUCACGACGGAGCUGACGACGGAGCUGGAAGCAGUGGAUGAAACUCAACGGAAACCUGACACACGAGGCGGCGGGACGCGGCAUCCGAUCUACAGAGGCGUCAGAAAACGUAGGUGGGGGAAAUGGGUGUCUGAAAUCCGGGAGCCGCGUAAGAAGUCGCGAAUAUGGCUUGGAUCGUUCACGACUCCCGAGAUGGCGGCGCGGGCGUAUGACGUGGCAGCCUACUGUCUCAAAGGCCGGAAAGCCCAGCUCAAUUUCCCAGACGAAGCCGAGAUGCUUCCACGGCCGUCCUCGUGCAUGGCCAGAGAUAUCCAGGCCGCGGCCGCGGCAGCCGCAGAAGCCUGCGGUGCUGCUGGCCAUCCGGGGAAGGCCGACGCCGAUAAAUCUCUGGGAGUUGACGAGGAUUUCUGGGGAGAGAUCGAAUUGCCCGCGUUGGCGUACGGCGAGAGGGUGAUUUCGUCGGGGUUUUCGGAUAGCGGCGAGAUUUUCUCGGAGGAUUUCCUGCCCGGGUUCGGGGAUUCGGACUCGAUGUGCUCGGCUUACGGAGAUGAUGACACGUGCAUCGAUGGGCGUUCUCUUUCGCAAUUCUAAAAUGCGCGGUGGGUUUUAGUUAGCCUUAGCUCUUCUCCUGUUUUUCAACCAUCUACCGUGUGGAAAUAUUACAACAGACGAAACGCCCAAUAAAUACGCCUAGAUGACAGUGCGCACACCCCCUUUCUUGGAGGUAGCAAGUUAAUCAUAAGGCGAUGAGAGGAGGCGAGUAGCGUACUGCGCAUCUAUGCGUACUUCAGAUCUAGGAAGCAAUUGCACCGAGGGUGAUUUCCAACGGACGCGCUCAUUUCACAAGCUUGCGUUUCUUUUUUAUUUUCUUUUUCUGAAAUAUGUUUAUAUGGAAUUUUAUUGAAUUUAGCAAUUUAUGCAAUAUUGCAAUCAGAUGUCA